AUGUCUGUCUUUUUCAAAGAGAUAUCCACAGAUAACCCCAUCCGCGAGGGGGAUGUCGAGAGGAUACUUGAACCGCUUGGCGUGACAGUCAAAGAAGGAGAGUCCCGAGACUACCAGACUCUUCUAGCCGCGGUUCACGACUGCGCUGAGCAUGUUUUGCAACUCCCAGACUACCAGCCCUCUCCCGACUUCGAUCGAUAUCCUCGGCUCGACCUAAAUCGCCCUUCCGAAAAAGAACAAGCAUUUGGCCACGCAUGGGCUCACCGAUUUCUAAUAAAGGGAAUCCAGUCGACGGCGUCAGAGCUGCGAGGGAAAUCAGUUUGCAUCAAAGACUGUAUUGCGGUCGCCGGUGUUCCUCAAUUCUUCGGUAGUGAUGCGUUUCCAGCAUGGACUCCGAGCACCGAUGCGGCUGUGGUAACACGGAUGCUGGACGCUGGGGCAGACAUCGUUGGCACAGCUACUUGUGAGCAUUUCUGCAACUCAACGGCCUCUUUCACGAGCGCUCAAGGCACAGUCGAAAAUCCACACAAAACGGGAUAUUCUGCUGGAGGGAGUACUUCAGGAGGGGCAGCUCUUGUAGCUGGAGGUCUCGUGGAUAUCGCCCUGGGUACUGAUCAGGGUGGAAGCAUCCGGGUUCCAGCGUCGCUUUGUGGUAUUGUUGGGUUGAAGCCUACCCAUGGACUCAUACCAUAUACCGGUAUUACCAGUGGGGACCAGAUUGACGACCACGCUGGCCCUCUCGCCCGGUCGGUCUCGGAGGUGGCCGCCAGUCUGGAUGCCAUGGCUGGCUAUGAUGGUAUAGAUGACAGGUCAUUGGGAUCUGCACCGCAUGGCUCUUUUCAGUUUUCCAAGUCACUGAAGGAUACUGAUGGGAAACUUGAUGGAUUCAAGGUUGGUGUUCUAGUCGAGGGUUACCAGAAUGAUCUCGUACAACCUGGUGUGAAGGCUAGAUUUCUGGACGCCAUCGAAAAGCUUUCGAUACUUGGGGCUCAGAUUGAAGAAGUAUCCAUCCCCUUGCACAAAGAAGGAGGAUCAAUAUGGACGAUCCAGCAGCGGAUAUCUGGGGCAUCUGGCAUCCUUGGCAACGCUAAUGGUCGUAGUGGUCUAUAUCUGACCGAAUUCGAACACGCUCGCCUCCCUUGGACUGCCCCUAACUUCGACCGACUCUUUCCGUCAACCAAAAACACAAUCAUCAACGGCAUCUAUCUCAUGAAAAGCUUCCCCGGUCUCUACGGAAAGACUGUCAACAUCGGCCGGCAGAUACGAGAUGCAUAUGAAUCGGCAUUUAAAAAAUAUGACGUGAUUGUUAUGCCAACAACCCCAUUUGUCGCUCCUCGACAUGGAGAUAGAGACUCGGUAUUGGGGUCAUUCGAGCCUAGUAUAGGUAUGACCACGAACACAGCUAUUUUCAAUGUCACAGGGCAUCCGGCAUUGUCAUUGCCAGUUGGUCUUGCUGCAGCACCAGACGAUGAGCAUUUGAUGCUGCCGGUCGGCCUACAAAUUGUGGGUGGUUUGUGGCAGGAAAAAGCAGUACUAAAAGUUGCACAUGCCUGGGAGCAGAAUUUUGAUUGGAAAGCCACCCCUGAGAGAAAUCUUUGCUCCAGCUCGGCUGACGAGACUUCUGAAGCUGUUCAAUGGAGUGAGCUUAGCGAGAAGGAACUCGCGGUUGGAAAUGCAGUAGACAUCAAGCCUCAGUUAGAGGUUGGGCAAAUCAAGAUGGUCGCUUAG